UUACUUGUAUCGGUUAGCCCUAGUUUGAAGUAAACAGUAUGGAUAUUUGCCAGUAAAGUAUUUUAAUAAAAUAUGGUUCAAAUCGUACAAAUGUAUAGUAAUUUAUGAGUGUUUAAUGCAAAAGAUUAAACAUGUGGCCUAUGCUUCUUAAUAUGACACGCGACGAAUGUCGUCGGACGCUUAGAAGACUCGAAUUGGAAGCCUACUCGAAUAUGAUAAGUGUAUUCAGAGCACAAGGAGCAUUAGAAGACAACAGAAAAAAGUUGCUUGAGGAACUACGCGCCGUUUUGCACAUUAGCAAUGAUCGACAUAGCGCCGAGGCGCGUCGCGUGUCUAAUGACGAACUCUUAGCUACUAUUGCUGAACAACUAGCUGGUCCUAACACAGGCCUAGGAUGGAUAACCGAGGGAAGAAGAUUAAUACCGCUUAUGCCCAGAGGUAUCGCACAGACAAUGUAUACAGAAAUAGCAGAUAAAGCGGCAGAAGCUGCAGCAGCAGAAAACAGAGAAAUCAAAAAUAGAAUUGAGACUGAGAAAUUAAUAGCACCUAAGUCAAAUGAAGAGGAAAUGCCAGAUCAUGAAGGUCAAACGGCUGAAGGGUCCCAAUCCAAUGAAAUAAUGGAUGAGAUGUCAUAUCCACCUAUUGCCAUGGAAGAUAAUACUGCCAGAAUUUGGGAAACUGAACUAAUUUGUCGUAAAAGAAAAAUAGCAGAAGGGGGCACUUUACCUGAUGAUUCAUCAACACCAGUUAAAAAUAUGAGAAACAUACCAUUGAACACAAAUCAAAAACAUCUUAAUUUGUCACAAGUUUAUUCAAGAUAUUCACAGCCAGCAACAAGUAAAUCAUCGGGUCAUUCUAAACAUUCAUACAAUCAAGUAAGCAAAGUUUCAACAAGUAAAUCCAGCCAACCUCAUGCAGCUCGAUCAAUAAAACAUAGAUCCCAUAAACAGAGUUCUAAAAGUACAACACAAGCUUCCCUGAAAGCACAAAGAAAAACUCAGGAACAAUCAAUGUCACCCAGUAGACAAUAUAAUUCAGGCCAACAAGCAGAUUACUCAGGACCACCUGGAUCUUUUCAAGCAAGCUAUGCUCAAUCAAUAUUAGGAAGUAAAACGAAAACAGACUACUUAGAUGAAAUUAAACCUAAAGUACUUUCAUCUCCCAGUAUGGUCUCAGAUUCACCCACAAUGCAGCUUUUGACCCAACCUGCAACUGUGCCUCAUGAGUUGGCAGUGUCAGACAGUGCUCACCCUGACGAUCCAUCGUCAUUGCAGGCUCAAGCUACCCCUGUGACAAAGCACUCUGUGAGCGGUAAGCCCUGCCAACUUAUAAUCAAAAAACGCGGAGAAGUCGCUACUGAUAAAAAAGUACAAAUGUCUGAAUUUAAAGUCAUACAAAAGCCUACUGACGAAGUUAAGUUUCUAUCAAAUAGACAAAUGGUUGUAUCCCCAAGUCCUGCACAUAAAUCCAUUAAUGCAAGCAGCAAAAUUGUAACAACAAAAGUCAUUGGUUCACUUCCGAAAUCCAGAACAUCACACACUCCCGUUUUACAAUCAGAUAAAAUGAUUGUAGUUUCAAAAUCGUCAAUCGAAAACAGAUUGACUAAUUCGAAAGUUAUUAUCAAUUCCUCAGUGAAUGCAACACCUACUAAGGAUAGUAUACAUAGUAUAGCAAAUAGCAUAGCAAAUAAAACAACUGAAACCUUGACUCCAAAAGGAAUCCCAGCUACAGAUUUGAAAGUGUCUGCAAAAACUUUUGUCGUAAAUCCGAAAUCGGGCCAAAAAAUGGUCGUACUACCCGCAAAGGCUUGUAAAGAAGGACAACUUCCGUUAUUUCAUUUUAAAGGAAUACCCACAAACAUGAAAUUAGUUUCGGUAAGUUCGCAUAAUUCUCAAGCCACAAAAUCGCCUGCAAUCAAUGUUUUAUCUAACCCGACAGUUGUAAGUGCGAUACCUUCAAGUGCAAAAAUUGUUGGAGUAGAACCAAUAAAAACCGCUAAUAUGGCAGAUAUUGUUCCUGUAAAAGGCCUAACGCCACCUAUUUCAACUUCCAAAAUAAGUAAUCCUAUAAUUAGACCUAUGAAUACUAAAGGCAACAUUAUAGUGGUCCAGAAAGGAGCCACUUUAGGUAAAACCCUCACAUUUACCAAGAAUGGAAAUGAUGUGUCUAAAAUAAUUAUGGGGAAAAAUGUAAACAAAUUGUUGCAAACAACAAAAUCAGACCAAGUUGAUGCAUCUAAAUCGGGUAAUGUUAUUGUUUUGGAAUUAAAUAAUGAACAAACAGGCCGAACAACAACUAUGUCUGAGAUAUUAUGUAGUCGCAACAGUAAUGCUGCUUGUACUCCAGAAAAGGACCCAAACAUUGAUCAAGAGAUCACUCAGGAAACUCCAGUGUUGUUCGAAAACCAAAUAACACCAGAAAUAUGCAACACAAGCAGCUUAGAUUCGUCAACUAGUUUACAAGAAAUAGAUAGAUUAGACCAAUCUACCGUAGGUAUAAUAGAAAAAAGUGAAAAGGAAAAGUCUGAUUUUAUUAAAGACACAGAUGGCGUCAAAGAAACAUCGAGUGUUACAGACUGGGAAAUGGAAUUAGAUACUACUCCUGGUAAAAGUAAAGACGACGUCGACAAAUUAAACUCCUUACACUUAGACCUUGGCAUGUCCAGUGACAGCGAAAACGAAUACAUGGUAGAUAGUCAUGAAGCGAAAACUCAACACUUAGCCGCAGAAAGAAUGCAAACAGAGACACCGACAGGUGAUAACAUCGAACGAUAUAGCAAUUCGAGUGCUCUGUCUCGAACUACGAGAACACUACUUAGUCAGCUCCAGGAUGACGGUUCAUCAAGUAACGAUUCGUCAUUCGCAAUUAAAUCGAAAUGUUUGAGUAAAAUACAGGAUAUUGAUAUCAAAAUUGACAAGUCUGAGUCUGAGGCGCUUUCGAAAGCCAGGGCAAAACUUUCGGAAAAAGUGGCAGAGGCAAAGUCACAGCAGAGACGGAUAGAUAUUUAUAGUACAGCCAUAACAACGUCGGAGAUUAAUUUAGAUUCGUUUUCGUAUCUAGACGAGAGCUUGAUGGCGGGUGAUGAUGAGUUUCCUUCGGAGGGUAAGAGAGAAGCUCGCCAGGGCGACGUACUCGACGAUCAACUCAGUCGACUCCUAGGCGAAGACUCGGCUAACUCGACUGACUCACAAACUGUAAGUGAAAGUUUGCCUAUAGAUAAAAAUGAGCAAUAAAAUUAUAGGUAUAUUGAGAAUUGGUAAAAUAUUUCUUUAAAAUGUAAUUUUGCACUAGUUUAAGCUGGGACACUUAUGUGCGUUGACGUAAAAUGAUGCGUGCGGACAUGGCAUUGAGGUUGCGGUAUUUCAACUACCUAAUGUGUGUAUUAUUUGUGAAUGAAACUCGUUUGUGUUGUACAAGUUGUCUUUAAUAAAUGAGGCUAGAAAGAAUAAUUAUUUAAUAAUUUUAAAGACUCCUGCCUGUUCCAAGAACCAAAAAAACUGUACUAAUGACAUUUAAAAGUCAAUACAUUUUUAAUUAGGAACAAUAUAUUUUUUUUAAAUGAUAAGUUUUAAACCAGUUUAAAUGUUUAUGGAUUUUGUAAUUUAUUAAAACAGCUUAAAUAGCUAGUUUGUCUUUUUGAAAAUUAUAAAAUAUUUUUCAGAGGAUUGUCUUAAUUAACCAUUAAGAUCUUGCCAAUAUUUUUUACCACAUAACAUAAAUAGUCAUUUAAAAAAUAAACUAAGUAUGACAGGUUGUAAAAUUAUAUCUUAAACAUAUUGGAUCAAAACACCGUCAAUAUUGUUUACCUCGUCUAGAUUUAUGUCAAAAACUUAUUUUGAAACAAAUCUUCACUUUUAUCUUUACAAAUAACACCAAAAUAGACUCAGUUUUCCCAUAUUGACAAACAGGGCCGAAUCUUAAAGUUCUGAUAAUCGCUUCUUUAGAAAUUUGUUACUAACAUUCUCUACAAAAACCUAUUUAACUUAACCUUUUUCUGUUUUAUAAUCGAUAUUUUAGUGAUUUGAUAAAACUAAUUUUCGUCAUACUAAUCGAAAAGUGCAGGUAUUUAUUUAUCCGAAAAAGUAAUAUAAAUACAGUUGUGGAUUAAAAUAGUCAAAACUAAUAGAUCAUUAGUUUAUAUGUUUUGGUAUAUCAAAAUAAUAGACAGUAAAGUACAAGUAGUUCGAAUUAAAUACAUAGGAAAUUUAAAAAUAAACAGUAGCUAUUUAAGUGUCACUAACUCAUCAUUUAUGUGUUACUAUUUUUUUUAAAUAACUUAUCCAAAUAAUAAAAUAUGAUAACAACAUUUUGCUUUGAACCAUUAAAAUUAACAAAUAAGUGCAAAGAUUUUUAAUAAUAUACUUUAAUUACAAAAUAAAUAUACUUUAUUGAUAUCAUGUUCAAUCAGAUUAUUUAUUGAUCUGAAUAAAAUAAAGUAGUAUAUAACAUUUUGACAUGUUUUUAACACAAAAAAUAGGAAAGAAAUAUUAUAUUUAAAUGGAGAACAUUUGUUCAUUGCUCAAGUAUUAACAUUUUUCGAAAUAUUAGUGGUUUUUAAGAAUGUUCUAUAGAUAUCUUUAACCUUACGAUGACUACUCAAAAAAUUUUUUGUAAUUAAUACUCAAAUUGCCUUUAUCAAACUUUUUUAAGUAUUUUAUUCAUGAAAAAGAUUUAUUUCAUUGAACUAUUUGCGGUCACGAAGUUUAAUUUUUAUAUAUAUAUGAUAUGGUGAAGUUUAUCGAUUUCUGUUGACAUCAUUUAGCUACUUAAAAUCCAUAAAAACACAGAUGAAGAGGCAAUUAAAUAACAAUCAAAAUCAACAAUAAAAUUUAAUUGUGUUAUUAUUUGGCCUUACGAUCAACAAGUUUAUUGUUAAUUAAUUUAACUGUGUUAAUAUGAAUAAUGUUGUAUUAAGCAUUAUAUUUGCUUUUGUCUUCGUAGCUGUCUUCCAUCUCUAAAAUGCACAUAUUCUUAGCGAAAACUCUAAUUAGUUGAAUUAAUAAUAUAUGUGAAGUAAAAACGAUAAUUUUAAAUUGUUGAUUGGAAAUCAAAUAAUUAAAAAAAAAGGUUUGGUAAUUAUCUAUGAUUUGUUUACUUUAUUUAUUGCAUUAAAAUAAUCUAUUCUUAACUUACAGCUCAAUUUGCUUUGCUACCAAUAGUCGAUAAGGCUUAAUAAAAAUAUUUCUAAUAUAUUUUUAAAUACAGUACAUACUCUCGUCUUAAUAGAAAUAUAGUCCAUAACGCACAAUUAUUGUUUACUUAUUUUAUUAAAAUAUAUUCAAUUUUAUUACGAUGUUAAGAUUUGUUUGUGAUAAAUCUUCAAGCAAUAGUAUCGAUAUAUAAGUAGAGAAGAAUUCAUGUUAGUAGAAUAAAUUGUAAGCAAUAUAAAGGAAGAAAGUUGUUGAAAGUCCUUAGAAAUAUAAAAUUUAUUCUCACAAAUCCAACCUAAACUUGUUCUCAUAGUAGAUCAUAUAGUGGAAUUUACUGAAUGUCACUUAUAUAUUGAAUAUAGAUUCAGCCGGGUUCACAGGUCGGAUAGCCAACCUGUAGAACUUCACUUGUCUAUGGAUGUGAUUCUUCUACAUCACAAUGUACACCCUUAUCUAGAAUCCAAUUUUUUAGAGAUGUACAUAAUAUACAAUAAAUAGAUUAAUAAUUUGCUACUUUGUAAUUAUUUUCAAUAUUCAGCAAUAUAGUUUUAUGAUUGAGCUUUGAAUUUUCGAGCACAAUUCUUCUGCAGUUAAUUUUAUAUAUUAAACAAAAGUACCAUGUACCUUUUUCUGAGACAUUUCCAUUAUGACAAAUUUCUAUCUAUAUAUAUUGCUUAUAAUUUCUUAGUAGUUAUUAUCAAACUUAGCUAAUGAUGUACAUUUUAUACAUAUUCUGUAAUUAUAACACGAAAGGUGCAUUAUUAUAGAGUUUUUAAUGUAAUGUACUUUAUAGAAGUUUAAUUUUAAGAACUUCAAUUGAAACUUCCAAUAUACAUCAAUAGAGUAGUUGAAAAGUUGUACUCAUUUAUGUAGAAAAUUUUGUUAAUGAUAAGUUGAGAGAGUUAUGUGCACUUUAUAAUUUAAGGGCAAUAUUUGUGUAAUGGUCGGAGUAAGCCAACUGUCCCUGAUGUGUCAUGAAAAAUUAUUCCACAAAAAAAAAAAUUAGAGAUGCUUAAACGCCAGAAUAUUCAUAGGAUAUAUUUAGAUUAACAUAACGACAGGUUAUUUAUCCAAAAUGUACAUAAUUUUAAUAUUAUACAAUCCUUACACUUUCACAUUGUGAUUCAUAGUAAUUAUAUAAAAUAUCUUAUGGCAGUUCAGUAUUCAUAUUCAAUUAUUAUCUUAGAAAUUCAUUUGUAAAUCAUUUUCUUAGUGUAAUAGUAAAUUUUAAUUAGUCAAAUGCCUUCAGAUAAUUAGUCAUACGUCAGGCUUAUUAUAAUUCAUCGCUUGCGUUUGCUCCCGGCCAAUAACUACGUAUUCUUAUGUUAAAUAUCAUAAAUUCAGAUGUCAAGCUGUACCUGAAAUUGUCAAAAUUGUAAAAUGUUUUUUAAAAAAACUUAACUAAAAUUGCCUUUAUUAAGUAUAAUGUCUGCUGAUAUUGUAUAUUUGAAAUAUACAAUUAUUUUUUUCAUGUUUAAGAUGCUCCUUCUUUGCAGCAAUCCUAUGACAUGUGCACUAUAUAGAUGUGCUAAAGUUAUUUUAAGUGGUAACUUUGUCUAAUUUAUAUUUGUACUUUAACAAAAUUCUACAUGUGACAAUGGUACAUAUUUCAAUGAGUAAUGCAUGUUACAUUCUAAAGAAAUAGUGCCAUGAAUAUAAAUAAAGGUUAUGUGAAAAUUUGUACAUAGGUAUGUUGUUUAUAUUGAAAUAUCAUUGACUAGUGUCAACUAAAAGAUGUGUUUGAAUAUUUGUAUCAUAAUAAUUUAAUGAGACACAUUUUUAGAUGUGUAACGUAUGUAUGUUUUAAAUAAAUUAAGUAGAAUGUUAAAGGUACAUUUUGUAUGUGAAUGCAGGUUAUUAUUAAAAUAAAAUAACAAAAAAAAUUGUUAUCCAAUUUUAAAUUAUUAGAAACUGGCUUUCGGACGUCAUUGAUGAAUUAUAUGUAUAAAAAUAAAGAUUAGUUUGUUACGAAUAAUUUCAAAUACCGAUCUGCAUCAAUUUUUAAAUGUAGAGUAACUUUUAUUUGUCGGCUGUAAAUAUUUUGCGUAGAACAUAACUUUGUUUUAAAAAUCAUUAAUGUGUUAUUAAGAUUUGUGUUUUGUCAUUUAGUUUAUUUUAUUUACUUAUAUUCAAAAUAAACAGUUAAUUGACAUUAA